AUGCUGGACAACCAUGGAAGUAGUAACCAGAACUCCCUUCUCCCAGUCUGCACCACCUCUAACAUCCGAUUUCCAAUUCUUCUCCGCGGCCGCGACGCAACGGGCCGGGCAAAGUGGAUGGCUCAUAGGAGUGUGGACUUUUCAACUACAACAAAUCGGAAUUCUGCAUCAGAAACUGUGGUCACAUUUUCCAGCCCGGGGUCGUUCAGCUUGAUAAAAUCUCUCACUAUCAUGUCGGAUGGCGCUGCGACCAACGGGUUGGCGGUGGCGGAAGUUGGGAUCUCCUACUAUGAGGAAGAUCAGAAAUUUCUAGACGAAAAUUACGAAAACUUAAGGGGGCACUGUACUAGUAGUACUAGUCGGAAUAUUAAAACUACAAGUCUGGCGGGUCUCCAUCAAGGGGCUGCUAGUAUUGGUCGAAGAUGCGAUCCUUCUGCGCAGCUCCGGGGGCAGCGGUACUUCGAAAAGAGACGGAGCAGGAGAGGGAUAAAAAGUGAGUCGCCUGGAGCCGCAUCAGCAUUUUCUGCUGUCAAACUCCAAGAGAAUCACCAGUUGCACAACAAGGAACAUCUACAUCAAACCGCAGCUGCAGAUGGGACCACAGCGUCGGUUGAAGUUGAAAAAGUUCUUGAGCAGCAAGAACAAAUAAACCCGACCGCGCAAGAACAGAACGAAGGUCCUACAGACGACGGCGGCGCGAGCGGCAUCAUUAACUGGAUUCUCCGUUUUUCCCCCUCCUCCGGAGCGUCAUCUUCCAACCCCAAUAUCCGGCACAAUCACCCCGAAUUGACCCAUUUGAAUCAGGGGAUGGGCAGCAUUUCACCACUUCUGAAUCUCCGAGAAGUGAAGGAUUUCGGGCUGUGUGUGGACGUGAAGAUCUCGAAUUCGGUGGGGAACUCAGUAGAUCUUCCGGAGGUUGGCAGUAGGAGCCGAGGGGUGAAGGCUUCGUGUGUUGGUCGGGCGAGAGUUGAAAAUCAAAAUCGUGCAGAAAACUAUUACACCAGCACCAGGGGAGAUGAUGAUGAACAGGCGGCGCAUGCCGAAGCUGCCCCAUCGACGCCCCCUCUGAGAAGUACAUUGCCUACCACAGACAGUAGUUCUGAAAGAAAAAGCACCGUGCCAGGUGCCGGUGGAGCGCGCGCCGGGCUGCAGGGUUUGCAGAGCACGGUGUACUUUGAUGCAGCGCCAUAUAAAAGUCGCGGAACAACAACCACCUCUGACAGGACCACGAGAUCAUCGAGACACAAAGCCAGACGUAAUCCGUCGUGGUUGCAGCACGGCUUUGAAAAAGUUUUGAUCACCUCGCUCCGGAAAAUUUUCAACCUCGCGCCCUCCUCUACCACUGCGGUGGUGUUGUUUUUCCGGGACCUGUUCGGUUGGAGGGUGCAUGAGUGGCACUUUGAGGAUGAUGCUGCAGAGGACAUCAAGGAACAAGGUCAAACUUUUUCCAGAUCAACUGCAGAUGACACAUCAACAACUGACUUGAAAUCGCAGCAAGACAAAAUCAAAAGCAACACAGAGCCUUCGUCAUCCACAACUCCUGCUGCUGCAAUAAAGGUGGGUACAGGAACUACAGGAGUCGCACAUCUCCAACAUCACCACCUCCAGCCGACGAUUUCCGAGGUUCAUAUCCCCCCAAGAACGACGAACACAACCAUACUUGAUCGGUGGUUGACCGAGGAAAUUCUCGUGGAGUUUUCACCAUCAAACAGUGGUGACGGUACAACAAGUGGAGAGCCUGAGCACGACGCCAUGGCGAUAGAGCUGGACAUCACCAAAACCGAGGAGCAGCUCAUGGAUGAAAAAGACACGGAUAAAGACGACGUAGACGCGGAGCAUGAGAGACUUCUCUCGACAAUGCCUGGCAAAACAGCUCUGGCUACAACGAAGCAAGACAAGGAGUUUUUCCGGGAACUGAAAAUUUUCAAAUCGCAGAGGAAACAGCCGACGGUGUCGAAAGACCGGAGCGAGAUCGAGCAUACGCAUGAUGGUAUAGCGAGUUCCUCAAGUAGUUCGUCUUCUUCAAGACGAGGUGGCCAGCGUUCGUCUUUUCAUCAAUAUGCUAUCCACCAAACCAAAUCCAGCGUUUCCUUCUUCAAAUACCGACGCGGGAUCCAGACACUGUACAACCUGAUCGACUGGUGCAGCAACAAAUUUGGCUGCGAGUCUCUCACAAAGGACCUGGUUUUUCAGCGGAAGAAGUUCGGGUUAAGGCAGGACCUGAAGAAGUUUGUGCAGGUUUUCAUAUGCAUCGCAAAAGGAAAAGUAUCGUACUAGUAGAAAUCGCAUAACAAAUAAUUCCCUCAGCAUGAGAAAUGAAGUUUGUCAUGCGGGUUUACCAUGAGAAAGGAAUGCGUGACUGCGAUCACUAGGAUAGUGCGAUACUUUUGCAGAGGAUAUUUGAACAACCCGUACAGUAUGGUCCAGGACGUUUUGAACGCGAAAUCUGUGGAGGACCUGUUCCAAAUCAUCCUGGACGGGGAAAACUUCGACUAUCUAGAACUCCUCCUUUUCCGGUUCGCGUAUCUAUUUGAGCGAAAUGGUGGGGGCGGCGGGGAUUUUUACGGCACGUAUGGAUACGACCCAUUGACCCAUCCGGGUUUCAUCCACCCCCACGACUUGAAGCAGAAUAUGGAUUGUAAAAAUGUCUGGGUCUGGAAGUGAAUGCAGACUUGUCAUGCAUAUUUCUCAUGAACCCUGAUGCCUGUAAUGCAUGACCUAGCAUCACAGACUUUUAGAGGGCUUCCUGAUGCGCCUUCCGCAUGAGAAAUGCCCUCUCCGCGUAGCACAGACUGGACCUUUCUUGCUGGUCAUGCAACACUAAUUUUUUUAGAAUCCAAAAACAGCAUGACAAGUUGCAUUCUUCCAGACCCAGACAUUUUUACUUUUGAUACAGAAAUUGAAAAGACAGAACAAGGACGCCUUCAUCUUCCAACACGCGGUCAAAGUCGCUCUGGACCGGUUCGUGACUGCCUGGAAACGCCCGAUCAUCAAGGCGAAGAAGAAAAUUUUCGAACUCUCUCCCUUCAUCGACGUGCAAUUCUUCGUGCAGGAUGUCGGGAUAGUGACAAAUGGCGGAGCAGGUGGGGGGCAGACGCAGAGCAGUAGUUCUACGAAUGAAAAUAAUGUUGGCAACUCUAUUGAAACCAACAGAAUGGCGCAACUCGAAGCGAUCAAUGACACCGCUUUGUUUUUGAAUCACGAGGAGUGGGUGGCGCCGGAGAGACCGUUGAGGCCGGAUGAAGAGUUUGAGAUGGGGGAAGGGUUAGAUGCUGUUGAAAACGGGAUAACAAAUUUUUCUGAAGAUACAACAGCUUCGCGCUCGCUCAACUCGUCCAGUCCCCAUGUAGUCGCUGCAACGAACAAUACAACGUCCGAAACGUACGUCAUCAACGACACGAAUGCAUCAGCGUCUUCGACCAACACGACAAACACAAACAGCACCACCGAGAAAGAAGAAGAGGAGAAAGCGAAGAAGCUUGCAAAGGCGAAGAAACUCGCAAACCGGGGACAAUUGAAUCCGAUUUUGAAGUCCACCGCUUCGGGGUCUGGCAAAAAUGUUGACGCUUCUACAACCAACUCCGCAGACUACGAUCAGGAACAAGAUGAACAACCGCAGCAAUUAAUCUUGUUCGUCAACUUCUUCAACAAAGCUAGUGGGAAGGAUGUGAUCAAGGCGUUGCCGGGCGUGCACGAUUUGGACGGAUUUUUCUACUACAUGUUUAACCUCGACGGGGCGCCAACGAAGCACGAUAGUCCAGACGUGGAGUACUUCAACAGUACCGUGAAAAGGCUGAUCACUAAAACGGCGGAGGUGCAAGCGUUGGAGUUGCAGUUUUAGGUGGGAUGGAGGUCUGUGAAAUUUUGAUGUUCAUCAUUGUAUGUAGUGAGGUCACGAACGUUCUAAUCUAGCGGUUUUUUUGACAGGCAGUGCGCAAAACGGCCGGCAGUUUUCAAGUGGCCGGAAGUGAUUUUGGGCAUAAAAAAUUUUCAAUUAUCAAGCGGCCGGGGCUUUGCCGUCAAACAAGCCCGAGCGGAUUCUAUCGAUUCCCGCUUAGUAAAACGACGCAGGGGAGCCGGCAAAAGGGGCGCCCGUCUGAGGCGCCCACCGCCUUAGUUUCUGGCGGUUUGGGCCGCCCAAAAAGGGGCGCUCAAAAAGCAGCAGUCCGAAAAAAACAGCGAAGCCGCAUGGUAUGGGCCCCAUUUUAGCCCACAUCCGGGCCGCCCAAAAGACGCCACCAAAAUACGCCAUUUCAGAGGCGGACCGAAGGCCAGGAGAUGCGGCAUUUUAACAAAAAAAACAAAAAAAAACAAAGUCAGCCAAAAGCAAAAAGCGAACCCGCAUGCUAUGGGC